AUGGCCUGCAGUUUGGCCCCAACCGCUAACAACCGAUCGACCAUCGCCUCCCGACCGAAACUCACCCUUCAGACCUCAUCCCUGCCUCUCACUUUUGGCAUCUCCUCCACGGGCCUGUCACUGUCCCUGGUAGGCGGCCCUACCGCAUCUCCUACCGUCCAGAAUACGUUCAAGAACGCCUACGAUGUGACGGCGCCUGUGUCGGCUACAUCCUCCCCCUCCUCGAAAUUCCCCAGUCAUCGAUUCACCAAGCCAUCAUCGCCCUACACCACUCAUAACCCAUACCCACUACCUCUUGGUGUGCGCAGCAUUCUGCGCAACUCGCCACUAGGGUCAACCUGCCACCGCCGGUCUACCUCGGUGGCUACCACCGGGUCGAACGGCGCUUCAGCCACGCGACGGGUGUUUUUUCCGGCCAAGAAGCAAGUUGGCUUUCGCAACCCGCUUGAGGAGGAGAUCCACAAUGUUGACUACAUUGCGCGCCACUCGGACCUUCAUGAACUAGACGAAGGACUUAUCAAACCAAGCACGUGCAGCGAUGAUUCCGACUCUGCCGCAAGUAACUCGUCCACAUCAUCAUCCGACACGAACACCUCCGAUGAUGAGGCCCAGACCCGAUCCAAAUAUGACAUACGGUCACCGGUGGAACGCAAAAAGAGAAAGCAUCCAAAGGCCGAACGGCAGGUCCGAGCGGUCGCCUUGCGAGAGAAGCUCGAGGAUAUGACGCCACAGACGCCGGUCCGAAAGCGCGCCAAGCGGCGUUGCGAAUGGCGCUGGACAUUGGGGCCGUUAGAAAAACGAACCGACCUCCUUCUCCCUCCAGUCCGGGAAGAUCCGACCGCCUCGGCCUCGGAGGGCUCGGUUUCAAGCCAUUCCGACCCUGCAUCGCAAAUCUCCUCUGUGGACUCAUCCCCGCUGCUGAGUGCCACCCCCUCGCAAGCUCACUCCAGUCCCUGUUCGUCUGUUGCAUUCGAGCUCGAAGGAAACGAGUCCCUGAAGACCACGACUCACGAAACGCAACGCCCUGAUGCUGAUUUGUCACGAUAG